AGAGAGCCAGCAAUGUUUCCAACAGCAAACUUGAUUUCAGCGUGAACAUCACACUUGUAAGGAAAGUGCAGUCACCGACCAUGCGAAUCGUCAUCGUAGGCGCGGGCAUCUCGGGGCUUACGGCGUAUCUCACCCUGCAUAAACACCUCCCCAAACCCCCACACCCAGCGCCAGCCACAGACCAUGAAUACACCAUUUACGAACCCUAUAACACUUCCCCGGAUACUACAUCGCACGAACGCCCGCAAGACACCACCAACCCCUCGACUCUAACCGUAGGCGGCGGCCUAGGCGUCGGUCCCAACGGCCUGCACGUUCUCCACCGGUUAGACCCCCAGCUACUACAGGACAUCGUCCGCAGUGGAUACAUGGUCGACCACAGCAACCUGAAAAAUAAGCACGGACACCUCCUACUCAAGCUCCCCGCCUCCGGCGCAUCCGGAAACCCUGAAAGACCGCGCAUGCACAUGCUCGCGAUCGGCCGCCACUCGCUCUGGAGUCGCUUGCGAUGCGCGGUGCCAGACUCCGUGCUCAUCAACAAACGUGUCUCCCGGGUCGUUUCUCUCGCAGACGGACAGAACGUCGUCUAUUUCGACGACAACAGUGACCCCGUGCACGCAGACCUGGUGAUCGGCGCAGAUGGGCUGAAGAGCACGGUCAAGCGUGCACUGUUUCCUGAGGCAGAGACGGAUCCGUAUCCCCCGCAUUACGAAGGCCUCGUCGGCAUUGGCGGCUUCAUCCCCUCCGAUACGGUAAACGAGCUGGUUGAGCCAGGCUCCAUGAAUUUCAUCUUCGGUGGAAACGGGUUCUUCGGCUACUUUUACGCGGAGAGCGCCUGCACAGACCCAAACCGCGCCUCGCCGUGCCAUGUUUCCGCCCCGGGGAGUCUCCUAGCUUGGUGGUCUACCUACGCCCUGGACACGGGUCCACCGAGCCCCAAAAGCAUCGAUCCGGACGACGUGACGAGACAGUUGCGCGACCGCUACGCCAGCUGGACUGAUCCCGUGGUCCAGAAGAUUCUGCCUCGGAUCCGCGUGCAAACCGUGUGGCCGACCUGGACCUCCCCGCCGCUGCCGGUCUGGGAGCGCGACGGGGUCGUGCUCGUCGGCGACGCGGCGCAUGCCUUGCCGCCGACGUCGGGGCAGGGGUCGUCGCAGGCGUUGGAGGAUGUUGAGGCGUUGGCGCUGUUGCUGACGCAUCAGUUGCGGCGGGUUUAUGCUGGAGGUGGAAAGCAUGGCACGGGUGUGGACGGGGAGAAGUGGGCUGUCAGGAUCGCGGCGAAGCAGUAUGAGGCGAUGCGGAGGCCGAGGGUGGAGGGGAUUCUUGCAUAUGCGAAGAAUAUGCAGGAUCGGAAGCGGGAUAUGGGGCUGGUGAGGGAGUAUGUGAUGUAUGCGUUUAUGUGGGUGUUGGGGUUCUUUCCGAAGGUCUUCAGGAAACAGCAGGAGCAGCUUUAUGAGUUUGAUCUUCCUGGUGAUGUUCAGCGGACUAUAGCAGAUGAGGGGAAGAUGAAAGAGUAAUGGGACACCUUCAUGACGGGGGAUGGCGAGCGUAGGAGAAUGAUGAACAACAAGGCGAUGGGAAAAGCUAUCUAGCGCAGCAGGCAAGGC